CGCUGUUCUCCUGCCCCAUCGCACGCUUCCCUGAACUUGCUCCUCCCCGCUCUCGUCCCAGCGACUCUCGGACCAAUGACGGACGCCUCGAGCCCACCCCGGACCCUGAGCGGCUUUGGCUAUCACUUCAACGACGCCGGCGAGCUCCGCAAUAUCAAAACAGGACGGCCGUUCGAAUUCAACAUCUCCAACAACCCAGCGCGCAACCAGGAACACUAUGAGGCGGUUGGCGAUGCCGUUGCGGCCUAUAUCGAGGAGCAGCUCGUGGAGACCCUUGGACUCUUGCGCAAGAUCGUUCCCGUGGAUGCGACCCCAAACGAGCCAACCAGCAAGAUAUUCAUGAGCCCAAACGCCCUGACGGCCGCAGGGAAGUUGCUCGUUCUGAUUCCUGGUAUCAACAUCCGGGUCGGUCAGUGGGCACGCAAGAUCGUCAUGAACGACAACAUCAAUAAAGGGUCGGUUUUUGACUAUGUCCGGCAGGGGCAGUCCGAAGGCUACGAGAUCAUGGUUCUCAACAAUAACGAAAAUAUCGGCCGAGCACUGCCCGGCACCAAGCGCCGACCCAUCCGGGGCAGCGAGAGCCCCGAACGGCACGUCGAAUAUGUCUUUGACUCGCUGAUCAAGGGUGCAAGGGCUGCUCAGAUCUUUGUGGUUGCUCAUUCGUUUGGAGGCCACUGCAUCGCGAGACUGGUGUCGAGUCACCAAGGAGCAAACAACAUCCGAGCAAGAAUCAGUGCCAUUGCCUUUACUGAUUCGGUGCAUUCGCUGCGAUCCUUCGAAUCGCACAGUCCGGAUUUCAGCCGCUGGUUCCAAAGCCAUGCCCGGAACUGGGUCCGGUCCUCACGACCGCUCGACACACCGAUUGCCCCGGCCUCGCUCAUGGCCCAGUGUCCCUGCGUCUCGGCUGGCCACGAGGAUCAUGGAUACACCACGGUCACAGCCAUCGACUCGGUGUUUGAGUUCUUCGCGGCCAAGGACUCGACGGGCAAGCGCAAGCAAGAAGCUGUCGCCUCGGAUGAGUCGGAUCACCACAACGACGCAGACAAUGACGAUAGGCGCCCGGCGCCGUUGAGUCGCUCGGGUUCUGAGAAGCGACACAAGGAGUGAGCCGCCGUAGCUGUGCCUGAAUGGAUCCAAAUGAACUUGGGCUGAUGAGGAGCCCAUGUCUCUCGCUGGCGAAUCUUUAUGAGCGAUGGAGUGUGGUUCGCCAACUCCAUCCUUGGGACGGAUGAUCCUCGGGAGCGACGGAUAUGGAUGUUCCCUUCCGCGAUGAGAGCGACAAACACUAAAAGCCCCAUGUCACUUUGUGAGAUAGAGAAACGCAGGAUGUUCUGGUUCACCUUUGUGUGGGAUAUAAAUAUAUAGAUGAAAACAACAA